GGGGCCGCGGGCGCCACGGACAAGGGGGGAGGGAGAUGCGAGAGGAGGUGAGGAGCUCGUCUGGAGCGGCGGCCGAGCCGCCGCUGGCCGUAGCCCGCUCCUCGUCGCCGCCGCACACACCGGUGGCCAGGUACGGUGGCUGUCGCUCCUCGGGACCUCUGCUUUUGGCUGUAGAUUCGUUGCUUUUGGAGCUGCUGCUUCGUUAGAGAAUCGGGGUCUCAGUGCUCGGAUUGGUCGUCAGGGUGUUGUUUCUGCGAAUGGAAGGUGGAUUUUACAAGGCACAAGCGCACAAGGACCUAGGGUAGGGCAUCGAGGUAGGGUAUGCGUGGCUCAAAUGUGAUUGUGGAAUUGAUUAGGCUCUAGGGCACUCCUUUACGGGUGAAAACAUGAGAUUAUUUGAUGGCCCACCUCCGCUUUAGGCUUCUGAUCUGUGAAUAUUAACUGUAGUUGGGUUUGUUUACUUCUUGAUGCUGUAGAAUAAAAAAUUAUGAACAGUUGCAUUGGGUAAUACAUAACUCUGUGAUUUUGAGCUCUUUGAGCUUGUACCCUUCGCCACUAAAUAGUAUGAUUAGGGCCGUGCUUCAUUUGUUCUGUUGAAUUUGUGGUGCUUUCCUUCAACAAAUAAAAUUGUGGUGCUGCUUCUUUUGCAUACUAUUAUCAAAUCAAUAUUAGUUGAGUUACAGAAUUGCAUUUGAGAGGUAUUGCAGCUUGCACAAAUCAGUAUAGAACUGUGGCACGUUUGAUGGUGUGGUACACCUGGAGCUCAUGUUGGCCUUGUUGAAAUUUAGCUCCAGGUAGCUCAAUCUCAAUUCAUUUAUGUGAUGUUAGAUUUGUAACAAAGUGCUAUAUUUUCUAUGUUGGAGUGCUGAAACCCUGAAAAUGGUAAUUUCAUUUGGAUGACAAGCUAAUGUCAAUGUGAACUCUUCCAGUCUUCCCCUUAGAAUACAGAUUUUUGUCAUUGGUUUAAAGCUUGAACUGAAGCCCCCAUUGUUUUUCAGUUCUGCUGGUGCCUCGUCACCUGCUCUGCAAACUAACAUUGGCAGACAAGCUUCCAGAGUUGACUCAUCAUCACAAGUUGCUGCACAUGCCUAUCAUCCUUCCCACAGUUUUGAUGCUGCUGGAACUGCUAUGGAUUCUGCACCAUCAUGUAGACCAUGGGAACGUGGAGACUUACUUCGGCGACUGGCAACAUUUAAGCCUUCAACUUGGGCUUCCAAGCCAAAGGCUGCUAGUUCAUUGGCCUGUGCUCAAAGGGGUUGGGUGAACAUUGAUCUGGACAAAAUUGAAUGUGAAUCAUGUGGCGCACAUCUUAUAUUCAAUGCAUUGAUGUCCUGGUCUCCGGUUGAAGUUGCAAGUGCUGGAGAAGCCUUUGCCGAGCAGCUUGAUGCAGCACACCAGAAUAGUUGUCCCUGGAGAGGCAAUAGCUGUGCUGACAGCUUGGUUCAGCUCCCCCUUACACAAUCAGCUCUUAUCGGAGGUUUUAAAGAUCGCUGUGAUGGGCUUUUACAGUUUACCUCUCUUCCUGUGAUUGCAUCAUCUGCAAUUGAGAACAUGAGGACGACCAGAAGCGCACAAAUUGACCGUCUAUUAUCCCAGUCGAUUACCUUUCUAUCUGGUGUGCUGGGUUGCAAAGCAGAGAGCGCAGCAGGAGUUGAAAUACAACAAGAUUCUUCUUGUAGCUAUUCUCAAGCACAGAAGCUUAUAGGCCUGUGUGGAUGGGAGCCUAGGUGGCUUCCAAAUGUUCAAGACUGUGAAGAAAAUUCAACCCAUUCGGCUAAAAAUGCACCCUCAGUUGGACCUGAUGAACCAUUCUAUCCCCAUUUUGUUGACCAUAUCAAAAAUUCGUUUUCUGCAUCAGCCAAGAAAGAUAAGGGAAAAGGCAAAUUGCCCCUUAGAGAUUCUGGAUGCAGCAUGAGGUCACCGCUGUUAGAUUGUAGCCUGUGUGGAGCUACAGUCAGGAUGUGGGACUUUAGACCUGUGCUUCGUCCUUCUCGUUUGAGUCCAAAUAACAUUGAUGUGCCUGAAACAGGCAGAAAGCUAACACUGAUAUGCGGGAUUAGUGCUGCUAGUGGGAUCAAUGAGUGGCUUACUGAUGGGGUGGAAAGAGGUCAAGAAGAGGGGCGUGACGAAGCAGCAACCAAUGAGGGGAAAUCACCAUUAAUUAUUGGAGUAGACCUUAACCUAACAAUGGCUGGAGGAUUACCAUCACCUCGAUCUGCCACACCUGCUGCAUCUGAGCGGUUCAAUAAUGGAGGAAUGGGAAGGGAUCUCAUGAUUGGACAACCUACAGGCAGUGAAGUUGGUGAUUGUGAGACCUCAUAUGAGUCCCGUGGUCCAAGUUCAAGGAAGCGUAACCUUGAGGAAGGUGGGAGCACAGCUGACAAUCCACAAGACAGGCUACAUCAUGCCGACAGCAUAGAAGGAAAUUUCAUUGAUCAUGAUGGCGAGGAAGUUGAUGAUGCCGCACAAGAUUCAGAUGUCCCGAAUAAGAAGUCCCGUGGGUUUGAUUUGUUUGAUGCUUAUCGUCCAUCUUCUGGAGCUGGCCCCAGUAGAAACUUGUCCUUUGACCCUGAUGUGGGUGCUGGUAUGUUCAGUUCCUCUAGAAGUAUUGACCUAGCAGUUGAGCGUCCGGCUGCUAGAGAUUCUUUGAGGGCAUCUUCUGUUAUUGCAAUGGAUACUGUUCGUACUUCUGAGGAAGAUUCUAUGGAGAGUGUCGAGUAUUAUCCAGGUGAUGGUAAUGAUAUCGAUAUGCCUUCUUCUAGUGCACAUAGGAACAUUGAAAUGAAUGAUGUCUUGGAUCUUAACUAUAGCAAUCAGGUACAGCAAAGUGCUAAUGCACAUGCCGCUGCUGGAAGUGAUGCAAGAGAAAUAGGAGGGAGCAGUAUAAAUGAAGGGGAGGAAGUGAUUAAUGCUGAAACUGCACCUGCUUUUGGACGGGAUCAACUUAGUAUAGGAAUUAGUGGUGGAAGUGUUGGCAUGGGAGCUAGCCAUGAGGCUGAAAUUCAUGGAAAUGCUGCUUCUCUGCAUAGAGCUGAGAGUGUUGUAGGUGAUGCUGAACCUAUUGCUGAACUUACUGAGACAAUGGGGCAGACAGGUGAAUCAGGUCCAGGACCUGGAUUAAUGGAUGAAUUUGUACCUGAAGAAGUAAAUCGAGAAGAACCUCAUGGAGACAGCCAAGAUAUGGUGUCUCGGUCAGUGGGCCAAGCUGACAGUGGUUCGAAAAUAUAUGGCUCCACCAAAGCUGAUUCUGUUGAAAGUAGAGAAAAGAUAGGUCAUGCUACUGGUAUUGAGAGCAGCAUGCGCCCUUCCCUUUCUUGCAACGCAGGGAUGUGUGCUGGUUUUGAUCCAGCUAAAGACGAUGUGACACAGUCUGGCCGCAUAAUACUUACUACUGACGACACAUUAAUGGGGCUAGAUUAUGAUCCUGGGAAUGGAUUAGGAGCUACUAAUGGAGAAAAUGACUAUGAAGCGGGUCUGCUGGAAUUCGAUCCUGUUAAGCAUCACAAUAGUUACUGUCCUUGGGUGAACGGAAUUGUUGCAGCGGCUUGCUGUAACAACAUUGGCUCCAGCUCAAGUAGUUCGGCACUCUCCGGUUGGCAGUUAACUAUAGAUGCACUUGAUACGUUCCAUUCACUCGGUCAAGCUCAAAAUCAAAUUAUGCAAUCUGACUCUGCAGCUUCAUUGUAUAUGGAUGACCAGAACCAGAUAACCAAUAACCGCAGGCUAGGGAGAAGGCCUUCCGUGAGCAGAAGCUAUGGAAAAUGCUGACACGAACUCAUGUACCUUAAGUGUUUCGUAGACACAAAUAACAUUCCAGAAGUUCCAGAUUGGUGCAACAGGAGAAACCUCAAACCAAAUAAUAGUCCAUUAAGAUAGUCUCUGAAGAUUGUUGUCAUGGUGUGACCUUAUAGUACCUUGUGCUGUCGCAUCGAUAUAUGUAUUUAUUCCAAAAUAGUUGAUUCAACAUAGUAUUCACAUGACAGGAAGUUGUUCCAGCAAUCUAUAUAUUUUAUAGAAAACUUGAAAUUCAUAUUCACAUCUUCUCACUGUUCUGAUUGCAUCCCCAUCCUUCCCUGAUGCUAUAUUUAUGCCCUUUUUUUGUUCUAGUAUCUUUUCUGUUUCCUUGUUUCUGACGGCCUGUUCGUUUGUGCGGGGUGCUAUCUGAGGGGUGAUCACCCUCGUCAAUCCCAGCGGCCAAUGAGCACCUCACAGAGUGCCAGGUCAUCAGCAACGAACAGAUAAAGAACUGGAUGAGAUGCCACUUCACUCCCGCUGCAUCCUCGUCUUCCCCUGCCCUGCCCUGCACGUCGGAGCCUCUCCAAAUCCAUCUGAUAGGGGAGCUAAUCACAUCACAGCGAUGCCGCUCUGCAGCUUCUACGCCUCCACCUCCCUCCCCGUCGCCAAGCCGCAGCAGUCCGUCGCGUCCUCUAAGCCCCACUCCACCGCCGCGGCCUCCGUGGCGACAACCGUGCCGACGCGCGGCGCGACGACGACAACGGCGACGACUGUGUCCACGGCCACGGCGGCGCUGUCGCUGCACCUUCCCGAGCUGCCGUCGCAGGUGAAGGACAAGAUCCUGAGCCUGGAGCUGAUGGGCGUGGACUACGGGCGCGCGCUGGAGCUGAACCCUGCGCUCCGCGACGCGGCGCCGGAGUCCAUCCACGCGGUGGUGUCCUUCCUCCAGUCCCGCGGGCUCCACUUCAAGGACCUCGGCCGCGUCUUCGGCAUGUGCCCAUCCGUGCUCACCGCCAGCGUCCGCGCCGACCUCCGCCCCGUCUUCGCCUUCCUCGCCGAGGACCUCGGCGUCCCGGAGUCCGCGCACCGCCGCGUCGUCGUCAAGUGCCCGCGCGUGCUCGCCUGCAGCGUCCGCGACCAGCUCCGCCCCGCGCUCAUCUACCUCCGCCGCCUGGGCUUCCGGGACACCCGCGCGCUGGCGCUGCAGGACCCGAUCCUCCUCGUCUCCAGCGUGGAGCGCACCCUGGCGCCGAAGCUCGAGUUCCUGGCCGGGGUCGGCAUGUCCCGCGACGACGCCGUCGCCAUGGUGCUGCGGUGCCCGGCGCUGUUCACCUUCAGCAUCGAGCGCAACUACAGGCCCAAGUUCGAGUACCUGGUGGAGGCCAUGGGCGGCGGCGUGGAGGACAUCAAGGCGUUCCCGCAGUUCUUCGCCUUCAGCCUUGAGAAGCGGAUCGUGCCGCGCCACCGCGCCGUGGAAGAGGCCGGCGUCACGAUGCCGCUGCCGGACAUGCUCAAGGCCACCGACGCGGAGUUCACGGAGAUGCUGGAGAAGGAGCAGAGGCUGCGGGAGCAGGCCGCAGCGACAGACUGAGCGCGCCGCCAUACCCUGCACGACGGGUACGCUUCGUAUGCUUACUGGCGCGGCGGUUGGCGCACCAUCCUAGGAAUUUAACCGCCAUUUCCAUGGCGAGUGUCCUGGCCAUGCCGAUAGCCAAGUAGCCAUUUGAUUUGAGGAAGUAGCCUGUACAUAUGCAUUGACAUUAUUUGGUGGUCACGACACGUAGCUAUGAGAGAGAUGGCAUUUCUUUCUGCAAUUUGUAAGCACCGAGCAGCAAGUCGUGUCGUAUGUACAUAUGCCAUGUAUCAAGUAUUCAUGUUCAUCAGAUGUAUUGUUCUACUCAUAAGUCAUAACAAGCGUGCUGUAAAAUGAUGUCAAAAGCUACGGUUAAAAGCACAGGGUAUCGCAAA